AUGCGUGUGGCUGAAAAAGGAAACUCGCGCGCCCAGGCCAAGAAGAUCGUCAAGCAGCUGAGCGCGACUUCGCCCGCGCGCAUGACGAUUGAGUCGGGGCAGAACAGCUUCCACUACAUCCACCUCGAGGGCGUCUGCUUUCUCUGCCUCGCGGAGCGGUCGUACCCGAAGCGCCUGGCGUUCAGCUACCUGGACGACCUGCAAAAGGAGUUUCUGGGAAAGUUCCGCGACGAGAUCCCCUCAGCCUCGCGCCCGAGGUUGGUCAGGUAA